AUGUCCGCAGCGUCCACUUGCACAAAGCAGGCAGCUGGCGAAACCCCGAACUUGAGGAGUUCCCGGACACGGGCAGAGUCUGCAAUGGUCUAUGCGGUGAUCCCCUUCAACCGGAAUGGUGCGAUCCUGGGGAUUUUACGGAUCGCCUUCAAGGCCUUCUUCGAAUACGUCCGGGAAGAGACCUUCGGCAAGUUCGGGCUACAGCAGAUCCAGGUGGACUGCGCCUUCAUCGGCGAAAUGGUCCGAGAUUUCCUGGAGAAUGAGGAUGCAAGCGUGCUGGACAGCCUGCUGGACGAGGUCGUGGCCUCUGCCCAGAUGCGCUGCGUGGAUCCGGUGUUGAUGGAGCCGGCCAUGGUGGAGGCCAAAUGUGAGGAGAAGAAGAAGACCUUCAGAUUCGAGUGA